AGGAUCCACACGUAACACGUCAGGAAGUACUGUGGACAAGCCGUUGCAGUCAAGAAAGGCUCGAACUUAACGUGUGUGUUUUUUUUUUUGUUGACUACACGAGCCAGCGUAAGAGAGUUGUCUCAGCACUUUGGACGUCGGCGUUUGCUUUUCACGCUCUUUUCGAUCGCCGCUCAUUUUUAUUGCUACUCUUGUUUUAUUUUUUGUCUUCUCUGUUACUUGAAAGUUGCCUUAUCGAAGCAUAACGGCGUCCUCGAUGCUACCCGCAGCGCCUUGUGUUUUGCACUCCUCCGCCCGCGCGCUGUUUGCGCAGGAGUGCACGCAUGACACCCACUACCUCACGCACAGGGGCGACCUGUACACGGCGCUCGUUACAGGAGGCAAUCGUUUGCUCAUGCUCAAGAAUGGCAGCGUCGUAGCGCAGAGCGGAGAGCUGUUCGAUCUUGCAGUGCCUUAUCAAAAAAACGGCGGCGCAGACAACACCGGUUCUAAGACGAACGCACCCCGUGCCGUAGACAGUACAGCGACUUCUGCCCCUGCGUGGAUAGCGCCGUGCGUGUACGCCGUCAGCAUUUGCCGCUUCACGGACGAUGUGCUACGCAUCGCCGUCGCGACCACCGCAGGGAUCUUUGUUUUUGAAUUCGACGACGCCGGGGUGCUGUGGCAGGACACACGGCCGUCGUCCUUCUGGCGCACAACCGACCGUGACGGCGAGGACGGCCCAUCUGGAUCUGGCUCGCUGGCAGUGCCGGCCAGCAAUGCGUUGCAUUCCUCCGCUGCACCGCCGCCACUGGGGCUGCGCAGUACUGCCACCUCCACUGCCGGUAGUUCGUCUCCUCUUGCCGCCAACUCCUCUAGAGCCGAUGCGCAUCCGGAGAGGCAUUCUGGUAUGGCGGGCCGCCUGCGUUGGCGACGCGUGGCUUUCAGCCUCGAUUCUUCUUCACAGCGACGUUCCACGGCGGAGAACACCGCAGCCCGCGCCAACGGUGCGGCGUCGCCUCUCUAUGGUCGGUCUACCCCUUCCGUCUUGUCGUCGCACACCACUGGAGCGACAGGUACCACCGUUAACGGUGCGGAGGACAAGCCUAUCUUCGUUGCGCCUGUCCGCGUUGCAGCCCCCGCACGGCCCUCCGCCGUACACGCGAUGGAUUUCAUUAGCGAGGCGGCGCUGUGUGUCGUGCUGGAGACGGAGACCGUUUUAGUGAUGCUGGGGAACAGCAGUGCGACGGCUGCGCCGAGCGGUCUGUACGGGGCAGGGGGUGUGACGGCCGCCACCCUGCGCGUGCCGGACCGCGUCGUCUGGCGCUCACUGGGUGCGUACCGCAGCCUUGCGGUGUGCCAUGUGAAUCACCACGUUGCACUCGCCCUCGGUCACUCUUCCAUGGUCGUCUUCCCCUCUCGUGCUCUCACGAUGGAUGGAAUGAACAGCAGUACCGGUCUAGCCGGCGACGAUGACGGCGGGCGGGCCAGCGCCACCUUCUCCACCGCCACCUCCUCUUUCUUCGCGACCAAUCCAGCCUCUGGUGAGAGUUCCGCCAAGUACUUGCCGACCACCAUCGCGAGCGCCAUGCGCGGCGUGCUUGGUGACAGCCACAGCUCCAGCAUCGUUCCGACCCCCGCCUUCUCUCCUACGAGCCACCCCAUGUCCGUGCCUGCGCUCCCGGGGGGAGCCCUUUCCCAGCUCCUUCCUCCUCUCGCAUCUCCGGACGGCAAGGCCAGCGCCGAGGCAGCGCGGCAGCCGUGCAUUACACUCGCCAAGCAGGGACUCACCGCCUCCGUCGGCAUUUACCACAUCACCGACCUCCGCUGGCACCGCGUGUCGUCGCACACGCUACUGUGCGUCACCUGCUCCCACCCACGCGGGGAGUCGUCGUACAUGAUGCUCUACACCGUGCAGUCGCUCUGCACGACGCGGCGCUACACGAAUGUGAUGGAGGAGCACGCCGAUGGCGGGUGGGGCCUCUGCCGCGGCGGCUACGACGGCGACGGCGUAAUGACUGCGACUGCGACCGGCAACACUGCCGGGGCUAGUCGAAGAGCAUCGGAGAAUCUCGUGCAGCUCGUACCGGCGGGUGUGAUUGCCUUGACAUACACGUCCACUGCUCCUUCCGCCGGUCCCACUCCGCGCGCCGGCGACGCUGCCGCCACAAUGAUGAGGACGGCGAAGGCGGCCGCCACAACACCGGAGCAGUUCGCGCUGUCCGGCAGUGCCACCGCGGCGGCCACCUGGGGCGCAGCACAGCCGCCGUCCGUCGCGGAGAUACACACGAGCCUCGUGCCAAACCUCUCCCGCUCCGUCGAGGCAAACUCGAUGAGCAGUCGAAUGGAGUUUCUGCACGUGGAGGAGGACGGCACCGUGCGCACCUCGAGCUACUCCUUCGGCCGACAGAAGCACGCGAGUUUCGCAAAGCAGCGGGCGAUGGGGAUGGCCUGCACGGAGCUCCUGCAGCCGCUGCUGCACUUUUACGGCGCGCUGGCUUGUGUGACGGUGCUGCCGACGUGGCGGACACGACCGAUCGAGCUAGGGCACCACACCGGCAAGCAGCCGCAGGCGGUGGAGGUGCUGCUGAACGCGUCGCGUCGCUACCGCCUUGUUCUUCGCUUCGCAAAUGGCGUGGUGCUGUCCGCUAUGGCUGACCUGUCGGCAGCGGUGUACCGCGUUGAGUGCUAUCUAGCCCUGGGACGUGCCUCGCUGCUCUCUCUCCGACCCAUCUCCCCGAUGCCAGAGCUGAACACCGAGGACGCUGCGGACGGGGAGGUGACUCAGACGGCCAUCGGCACGACAACGGUGUUGCUGGUUGGUACGCUCGCUUUUCCGGCCCCGAGUUCGCCUCCUGUGGGGGCGCCGAAGCGGGUGCGCACAGCGUCGUUGUCGUUGAACACGGUAGGUGGGGCGGAUCGACAGCGGCACGCAAGGUCGUCGGAGACUUCUCGCGCGUCUUCCGCCUCCUCGGCCACGUCAGCCUCGCGCUCCCGCUCGACAAGCCCAGCCGACGCAGCCGCCGCCGUACAUCCUCUACCAACUCUUUUUCCACCUUCGUGGAGGACAACCGCCAUGGCUGACUCCGUCGUCACAACUCCCGCACGCAGGGUGUGGGGCGUGGCGCUACUGCAGGUGGAGCCGUCCGGCUUGCAGGCUCGUGUGCUGACAAUCGCUCCGCUGACUGCGGUGAAGGUGGCCGGUGUGACGGAUGUGGAGGUUGCGGUGCCGCCGGGGACAGCAGAAACAGCCAGAGCGCAGAAGUGCGACGCUGCUGCGCCAUCCAUGGCAGCCACCGACAAGGCGGGGCAAACCACCCCUGCAGCCGAUGGCACCGCCGCGGUUGGCGAGAUGGAUGUUGCGCAUUUUAUGGCGGCCAAGUGCCCAGAGAAACUCAAGUUUAUUCCUGCGCUGCUGAAGGCCACACAGCAGGACGCGGGGAAACUGUUAGCGCAGCUCAUCGCCAAGUACGGACCGCUGGAGACGUCCCCGGAUGCGGUGCGCGGCAGCACGGAAACGAAACCGCUGGAAAGCAACGCGGAAGCAGCGUCGUCGGCUCCCCCCACGGCACCAACCAACGGCGCAGCGCCUGCCCUUCCCAUCCACUUCUCCAGUCCCUCAGUGAUCCGCAGCGGGUGCGUGACGGAGGAUGGCGAGGUGGUGCUUCUCCUUACGUCUCCGAGCGAUCAGGCAGGCCUCGGUGCGGAUGGGAAAACGAGCUGCGCAGCUCCGGCCGCCAUCGUGCGGGUCCGGGCGCCCUGUCUGGAGCCUUUUGCACCGGUGCAGAGGCUCGUAGCGGCCGGCAGCGCACAGGUACCGUUUGUGCCGAUCUCGGCGACGUACAUUGCUCUCCCUGCGGUGCUGCAGCAGCGUUGGUGGCCGCCAAGCUCGACGGCGACUUCUUCGCCGCCGCUGUGUGCGUCGGCGGAGGCCCGAGACGUCUGCACCGCCUACCGCCUGUGCUGUCGCAUCUCCGCUCGACUACAGGCAGCGACGACGGUGCAGUGCGACCUGGUGGGCAGAGACGCCGCCACUCCCGACCCGUACGUGCGUGUGCGCAGCCCGCUCGCGCCGGAGGGGAAAGGAGGGGCGAGUCUGACGGCGCUGCGCUACCUUCCCUUUCCAGAGGACGUGAGGGCGGCCACCGCAGCCGCAGGACACGCGUCAUGGGCAGCGGCGUCGAUGCGGAUUGAGGAAGUAAAGGGGGCGUUGCUGGUGAACAACGAUGUAGUGGUCGGGGUACUCUGUCACGGCAGGUCUCUUUCGGCUCACAACGGUGCCGCCGCCGCCCCACCACCCUCUUCCGCGAAGCCGUCGUCCCCGGCGGUGGAUGGGUCGAGUACGCGCCCAACUGGUCUUCUUUAUUUAUACGGCUGCCCCGCUGUGCAGUCUUUGGAUGCUGCUGCUGCUGCUGCUGCUUCUUCAUCUUCUUCUGGUGCGGCGCAGGCAGGCAGCGAAACGACUCCUUUCAAGAAGAGCGUGUCAGAGCGUGCAACGGCCCUUCCGUCUGCGGCCUUCGUGUUAGAGGCCACCCUGGCAGGGGUGGAGGCGUUUUACCUUAGCACGAGUGGGGAGGUGGUGGUGCUGCGCAGGCGUGGCACUGCGGUGGCAAUCGACGCAAAGCAGAGGAGUUCGACAACGAAAUCGGCAGGUGCCGCAAUGGACGGUGACGCUGCUUCCUCGCACGGCCUUCGGUUUGAGCGUUGGCUGCGUUGCUUUCCCGAUAGCAGCAGUAGCAGCGACGGCGACAGCACACCACGCAAGGGCCCUCCCAAUCCUGCCACGUCGUGUGCGACGGAGGCACUUAAAGAGGAGACUGGAAAUGGUUACUCCUACCUGCUGGAUCCGACCUGGUGCCCGUCGUGCAGCCCCACGACGCGCAGCAUCACCGGCGAGCCGGCAGCUGUGACGGCUCUCACGAUCAUGGAGGUCGCCGGCGCAUGGGAGGCGAACGCAGUGGGGUUGUCACAGGCAGCGAAACUCACCAGCGGUCGUGCCGCCACCCGACCAGUUCUCUACGCCAUGUCAGACAACUCCUUUAUUCGGCUUCGUCAGGUGCCGCUGCGCAGCAGUCGCAGCGAUCUUGAGCGGCGGCCCAUCGCUUCCACAAAUGCCGGCAGUGGCAGUGGCAACGGAAACCCGGGCCGCUCCGCCGCCCUUUCCGGGAUGCCGCAGUACCACCCAGACGCCAUCAUGCAGCUCAUUGGCAUGGCCCAAUGGUCCGUCCUCGCGAAGGUCCUCACACUCGUUUUGAGCUCCGCGAAGGCGGCGCUGGCGGCGACGGCGGCCAAUUCGACGACGAAGACGGAGUCGUUGCGAUUUCUCUUCGCGCAGCCUCCUGACGAGCUCGCGCGGCGGCUGUGCACCUCGGCCGUCUCUCGCGGCUUCCAUGGCCGGCCGCAGGUUGUGCAGUACGACGAUGCGCUCCGUUGCGUAACGCCGCCUCGGCUCUCCGCGGCGGCGCUGCAAGACGACGUGGAGACCUCGCCUGCCGCAACAGCGGCCAGCAGCAAAGCAGCGUCCGCCGCCGCCGCUGCCCUCCGUUUGUACGACCUCACCGCCACCUGCGGCAACCUCUUCGCGGAGCUCACCAGCGUGCUUCCGCAGGUCACCCUCACCGGACUCACCAGCCAGGAGCAGCUGAAUCUGCUGUGUAUCCUGCAGGCGCUGCGUGACACCCUGCCCCUCAGCCGCAGCGUCGACGAGGCCGCCGCUCGCUACCUCUUCUUCACCCGUCUCAUGAGCCUCGGACGCCGUUUGCGGCUGCCGAACAUUGACACCGCGGCCGUCGGCGCCGCCGCUGCCGCUGCUGCCGCCAUCCCCGGCGUGCCGAUCAACUCGGUGCUCUACUUUGAGGUGGGCCGCACCGCCACCCGCACCGUGUCGACAGCGGCCUAUCUGUGGGCUGCCAUGUCAGACUCUCAAUCGACGCUGGUGUCGCUUCUGUUUGAUAAGACAACCGCCAUGUACCUCGACGGCGGUGUUGGUGCGGUCGGCACGUCGGACCUCGGCCCAAGCGAGAUUACCUGGGAGCAGGUGGAGCAGUCGGGUGCCGCCUUCUGGCUGCGCUCGGCGGCCGAUCUGCGUGCCAUGGCGGACCGCGUAGCGCGACAUCAGUACCAGCGCACGAAGGACCUGACGGCGUGUGCGCUGCUGUACUGCGCUGCGCGCAAGGUCGGCACCCUGGCAGCGCUUGCGAAGGCGCAGAACAACACCCGCCUGCACGCCUUCUUCAGCCGCGACUUUGCGCACGAUGCGCACCACCGCGCCGCCGCCUCUGCGAACGCGUACGCAGCGAUUAGUAAGAACCUGCCGCAGUACGGCGCCGCCUUCUUCUUGCUCGCUGGCGAUGUGCGGAGUGCGGUGCAGGUGGUGCUGCAGCGCUGCCGUGAUCCUUUUCUCGCCUUGUUCGUUCUGCGAGCCGCGGGCGAGGUGUCAGAGGAGGUGCCAGGGCGAACAGUUGGGCCUCAGAUGGGGGUGAACGUAAACGGUAGCAGCAGUAGUACGAGUCAUACGAGUAACAGCAAGAGCGCUGCUCGGAGCACCGGUACGCCCGCCACGUCCACCGCAAGUGCAGGCCCAGCGGCCCAGCAGCAGCGCAACGAAGGGCAACCUGAGACGCUGCUGCAGUGGUACGUGCGGCAGCGCGCCGCCGAGGUCGACGCCUGUGGCCCGCUCGAUAUGUGGGAGACGGCGUGUUUGAGUUGGAUGGACGUCACACCGCAGACUUCGCCGGCGGUGGCGGUGCAGCGACGCAUUGCAGCACUGCAGCGCAUCGCCGCCCACCCCACCGCCCACCCGGAGGCCCUCUGCGCCCUGCGGUACGCCCGUGACGGCGUGGCCGCGCUGGCCUACCGCGGCGCUCGCUUUUUGUCCCCCGCGAGGGAGGUGGUGUGCUUGCUGCGGCUUGGCCGCUACUGUCUGGCCCAUCGAUUAAACCUCAACGGCUACCUCCACUACCGCGACGCGGAGGGGCUGCUGUGCGGCCUGCGGGCAGCGGCGGCGCAACAGAAAGAGCUGACGGCUGGAGGUGAGAUGGCAGGGGUGACGUUUGGGCAGGGCCUGCACAGCGGCAACGUGCGCCGUCCCCCGGCUCCAGCGAAGAUAACCGCGGAUAUCAACACGGGCACGCUGACCUUCCGCGGGUUCGACGACAGCAGCGAUGACGACGACAACCGUUUCGUCCACAAAGCGAGUGGCGGUGCUUCGAGUUCGACGCAGCGAGGAAAGCGAGACGCAGAGGAUGAAGACGAGAACGCAGAGGUAUUCGUGCUGAGCGACGAGGCGGUCGCAGCGGUGCAGGCGGAGAUGCAGUACGCCUAUCUUCGCACCGGGACGUUGCACGAGGCGAGCGGUGGUGCGCAGACAACUAUGUCAUCCUCGUUGUCCUCCUCCUCCUCCUCCUACGAGGACGUUCUCCGACGCAUGUUGUUGUGCUUCACCUCUGCCUCCUCCUUCAUGUCGACCUCCAGCGUCACCUUGGCGGAUGGAGCGGCGGCAGCAGCGAUGCACGCGGCGGCCACUACAACGACGUCGACGGUGCCGAGUGCGUCUUCCUCCGUUGGCAGCCCGCACCUGCCGUUUCAAGAUUUGCUGACGCAGCUUCUACGUCGGCUCAUCGCGGACUUGCCAGACGGGCCGCCCGCCGCGACGGAGGUAGCCGUCUCUUCUGUUUCUAUUGUCGGCGCUGCCGGCGGUCAGGCGUCGUCGACGGCCGCAGCGGAAGAAUCACCGCCGCCGCCAACCACAUCCAACGCCACCGUCGACUCUCCUCUGCAGCGUGUGCCGACGUCGGCGCCUCUCACGGGUCCUGCAGGCGCAAGCCGAGCGGUGCUGAACGGCAGCAUGCGUGAACCGAUGAAGUGCGCGGCGGAGGGGUGGUACUCGCUCUGCAUCCCACUUUUGCAUCUGCUGCUGAGCAAGGUGGCCCUGCAGGAGGCGAACUACCUCGUCCUGCUGAGUCUGCAGCGCAUCCCCGUCUCCACUGAGGGCGUCCUCGAGGCGGCGGAGCAGGCGGGGUUGCUGCGCGAUGCCUUUGAACGCGCCACGCAGAGAGCCGCCGCCACCGCCCCUUCCUCUUCCGCAUUCUCCGCACACGCCACAGAAUCUGCAGCAGCCACAGCGCCGUCCCCGUGCACAGGGAGGCAGUCCCCGCUAUACAUGCCUCUCAUCGCCUUCUUCAUGUUGAUGGGGCGCUACGUUGUGCGCCACUACAAGGAAGCCUGCGAGGCGGAGGAGGAGCGGCAGCGAGGCGGUGCCGUGCAUGAUGACCGCCGGGGUAAAUGGAAGGCGAACUACACCGCGGAUGGCAGCAAGGACGACACACAGAAGAGCAGCGGUGACGACGAGACGAGGGCCGGCGACGAUCCGGUUCAUCAGAACGUGUUUGAGGCUCUUAUGGCAGUUGCCGCGGCGGCGGAGAAGUCCCAGUCACGGAGCGGACCCUCGUCUCCUGGGGUGCGCGACGGCCGUCGUCUACCAAGCAACCUUUUCAAAGGUGAAGACGGCGGCUCGAGUGCGAUAGAGGGCGCGGAUGACGAGGACCAGCUGCGCGACGGCGGCGGUGCGGCCAUCACAGAAGCCGCGCACGUUGCUCUGCUGCUUUCCUGCUGUCAAUCGCAGCUGCAGCUCCGCCUGAUGGAGCACCUGCGGCACCUCGCACGGGCCGAGGUGCAGACGGAGGUUCACACCCCGACGACACAGCGCGCGCUGGACGCCGGUGUACUCUACCCAGAGCCCCUCUCGCCCGUCGGGAAGGCAAUGCUGGUCCAGCGACGCAUUCUGCUCUCGGCGAUGCUGCUGGACGUGACGGCGCAGUGGGGUGCCCUCGCUGAGGAGACGGUGCCGCGACUUUACGCGGCGCUGCCCCGCUGCGCACCGGGGCCGCUGACGGACCCGAACGGUGUGUUUUUGGAGGUGCGCUUCGAUGUGCUGCGCAUGCGUGCCGUGUUGAUGACGCUGCUGGCCAGUCCUCACGGCAUGACAGAGGCGGCUGCCGUGGCGGCCACAUCGGAAGGGGCGGCCGGGGACACGACGGACCCGGUAAGCGGCGAGCGGCCGGCGAUGUUCUCCGAUGCGCAGUCGAGCGGUACUUCUCCUCCUCCCCCUCCCAGUAGCAGCAACUGCGGCAAUAAUGACGACGGUGACCGGCAGCUCGCGUCCACCACGAUGUGGUUGGCUGAGAACACGGUGAUGUUGCUGGAGCUGUGCACGACACAGUUGGAGCUCCUGUGGACGCUGCCCUCGUUGGCUCUGACGCAGUGCCGGCAGCUGGCCGUCCCCACACGAGCGGCUCUGCGUCUUUUGCGCAAAUCCACCGCAUCACACAGCGCGGCGCGGAAGCUGCUGGAGAGCAUGCUGCGGCCCGGCAGUGAGUUUUCUCCAGUUCUGGCGCAGCGCAGUCAUACCGCGCCGCUGACAGCGGAGUCCUCCCCCGACUCUCCGCUGGCGCGGGCAUCGACAACGUGGUUGGCGGAGACUCGUCAUCCCUCGCCCGACCGUGCACGCCGCACGGACGACGAGACCGGCGAGGCGUACUGCCCUGCGCUGUCCUUCCUGCAGCUGGCGUGGAUGCGGCGCCACCACACCCACGCCCUGCUCCGUUGGCUGCUGCUCGACGUUACGCUGGACAUGGGCCGCGAAAGCGGGCAGCGCCCUUUGGUGACGGACCGGCUGAUCCUGACCCAGCACCACCACGCUGUCACCGGGGUGCAGUUCGACCUCUCCAGCUGCGACAGCGUUGUCUGCACGACGGAGGCGGGUACGUCGGUCGGCCACGGCUUCCGCGAACUGCUCGCCGGCGACAACGAGGAGGCCUUGUGGAGUCAGUCGACGGAGCGCAACCUCGCCACGGCGGCCUUCACGCUGGGGCUCACGGCGCAGCAGGCACGCCUGCAACUCGCCGCGGCGCACCACGAAGACGCCCACACGCCGGAGGUCGUCGCGGCACUCGCGACGAAGGCGGUGCUGGAGAGUCGGCCACGGUGCGCCGUCGCCACCAACGCCAUGCCAUCUAGCCAUCCUCACCUACCCUUCUUUCUCGCGCGGCACCGCGAUGGACAUCUGGACCUCUAUCCUUUUGCCUCACAGGAGUGCAUUGCCAACUUCUGCUGUGCGCUGCGCCAUGGCCAGGGAAGCGCGGCCGGUGGCGACGGUGGUGGCGGCGGUUCCGCUGUUGCGGGGGGCGCACAUGCGAACCUGAACCCCCGCUCGUGGGCCGCGUGGGGUGUGGGGACGUCCGGCGGCGCCGCACUGUCGGGGGUGUCUGCUGCUGGUGGCACUGCCGCACACGCGUCGCAUUUGCCCGGUUCGAUGCGGCGGAUGGAGCGUCACGCCGUCACGCCCGUCGCCUUCUCGCCGAACGGGUACAUCAUCGCGACAGGGCUGUCGGACGGGUCGGUGGCCGGGUGGCGCUUCGCGGCUGCCGCGGUGGAGAACGCGCCUGCGUUCGUGUUUCCACAGCUAUUCGCGCCGUACGGCAUCCGUGGCUGUACCUUCUGCGGUGACCGCAGCUCGCUGCUGGCGGUGGUGGGGCUGGCGUGGGAACCGCACCCGCACCGGCGCGGGCGCGUGAACGGUGGGGCGCGGCCGGCAACCACGCCGGGGAUCGCAACAACAACCGCCGCACGAGCCGCCGCCGCAUCCCCGCAGCCUGGGACCUUCACAAGUUCCUUCACGAUGUCCUCCGUCGUCUCCACCGCAGCGUCUGCAGGGCGUGCUACCGUGAUGUCGUCUCUCGCCACGGCGGGGGAGUUGGUCGGCGAGGUUCAAAUCCUCGACACCCUGCUCGAAGACAGGGCGGUGACCGCGCGCUGCGCCCUCCCAUUUGUGCCGUCGUACGCCGUGUUCCUGACGCCGCUGCGGGCGGUGCUGAUGGUGUCGACGGACGGGCUGAUGGCCACCUUCUCGCUUCCCACUGGCCGCCUGGCGGUGAUCGGGACGGACAGCCUGACGUCUGUGCUGACUUCCUUGCUGGGGCCUUCGUACGAGGGUGGGCCUGCUGCUGCUGCUGCGGCGGCGGGGGCCGCCACCGCCUCCACCGCAGGCAGAGUGGAUGGCAAUGCGGUGUGCGUCACGUGUGUGGCGAAGAGCGCGUACGACCCUCUCGUGGCGCUGGGGACGUCAAAGGGACUCGUGCUGCUGCUCCACCUGCGGCACAUCAGCGCCGCGAUGCGGGAGGCGGAGCGGCGAGUCAGCGAGGAGGGCGAGGACGUGUUUCUCUACUACCCACCGGCGGCCAGCAGCGGUGUGGGAAAGCGCGAAGCCAGCGCCAUAGCCUCCACGCCGACGAGCGCGACGAGCCGUGCGGCGGCGGAAACGGCCCCGCCGGUGAUGGGGACAGAGUUCAUGCAGCGGCUGCUACCGGCAUCGGUGCUGACGGAGGCGACGUGCAUGCAGGUGGCCCCGCAGGUGCACAGCCGCAGCGCGGUGGAGGAUGUCGUGUUCAGCCCGUCCAUGCUGCUUGCGGCUCUGCGGGACGGCCGGGUGAUGGCGUCUGCGGUCAUCGCCCAGGCAACACGCACGCGCUUGACAGCGGGGCGGAGCGUGUCGGUCGAUUUGCUCGAGGCUGCGAAGAACGGGGCGUAG